GCAGCCGACCUGCCUCCGCCACUCCCGAACAAGCCUCCACCCGAGGACUACUAUGAGGAGGCCCUUCCCCUGGGACCGGGCAAGACCCCUGAAUACAUCAGCUCCCACAACGGCUGCAGCCCGCCCCAUUCAAUUGUGGAUGUCUACUACGAAGAUGCAGACAGCAGCUACCCUGCGACCAGGAUGAACGGCGAGCUCAAGAGCUCCUACAAUGACUCUGAUGCAAUGAGCAGCUCCUACGAGUCCUAUGACGAGGAGGAAGAGGAAGGGAAGAGCCCACGGCCCAGGCACCAAUGGCCCUCAGAGGAGGCCUCCAUGCACUUGGUGAGGGACUGCAGGAUAUGUGCCUUCCUGCUGCGGAAGAAGCGCUUCGGGCAGUGGGCCAAGCAGCUGACGGUCAUCAGGGAGGACCAGCUCCUGUGCUACAAAAGCUCCAAGGACCGGCAGCCACAUCUGAGGUUGGCGCUGGAUGUUUGCAGCGUCAUCUACGUGCCCAAGGACAGCCGCCACAAGAGGCAUGAGCUGCGCUUCUCCCAGGGGGCUACCGAGGUCCUGGUGCUGGCCCUGCAGAGCCGGGAGCAGGCCGAGGAGUGGCUGAAGGUCAUCCGAGAGAUGAGCAAGCCUGUCGCGGGAGCUGAGGGCUUGGAGGCCCCCAGAUCCCCAGUCUUCCUGUGCAAGCUGGACAUGGACAAGACGCUGUCGCAAGAGAAGCAGACCUCAGACUCCGAUAGCCUGGGCAUGGGUGACAGUUCUUCUACCCUUGGCCGCCGAGAGGCUUGUGAACAUGGCAAAGGAAAGAAGAGCAGCCUGGCAGAGCUGAAGGGCUCAAUGAGCAGGGCUGCGGGCCGCAAGAUCACCCGCAUCAUCAGCUUUUCCAAGAAGAAGCCACAGACCGAGGACCUGCAGACGUCCUCCACUGAGGAGGAGGUUCCAUGCUGUGGCUAUCUGAACGUGCUGGUGAACCAGGGCUGGAAGGAACGCUGGUGCCGCCUAAAGUGCAACACUCUGUAUUUCCACAAGGACCACACGGACCUGCGGACCCAUGUGAAUGCCAUCACCCUCCGUGGCUGCGAGGUGGCUCCGGGCUUUGGGCCCAGACACCCAUUUGCCUUCAGGAUCCUGCACAAUCGGCAAGAGGUGGCCAUCCUGGAGGCAAGCUGUUCAGAGGACAUGGGUCGCUGGCUUGGGCUGCUGUUGGUGGAGAUGGGCUCCAGAGUCACCCCUGAGGCGCUGCACUAUGACUAUGUGGACGUGGAGACCCUAACCAGCAUCGUCAGUGCUGGGCGCAACUCGUUCCUAUAUGCAAGAUCCUGCCAGAGUCAGUGGCCUGAGCCCCGUGUCUAUGACGAUGUUCCUUAUGAAAAGAUGCAGGACGAGGAGCCCGAGCGCCCCUCUGGGACCCAGGUAAAGCGCCACGCCUCCUCCUGCAGUGAGAAGUCCCACCGUGUGGACCCACAGGUCAAAGUCAAGCGCCACGCCUCCA